AUGCUUGUACGGCUCGCCGUCGUUGUCCUGGUGUUUCCCUACAUUGUGGCUUCAAUAAUCCAUUUCUUCCAAACACGUGCGGCCCGCCGCAAGAUCUGUGAGACAUAUCGGUGUGAAAACCCUCCACAAGAGCGGCCGUACGAUUUUUGGGGGAUCGGAAAUACCUAUAAAUCAAUAAUGGAUCUGUUCAAUGGCCGGAUACUCAAAGCCAUGACUGUCGCUUUCGAUACAUACGGCCACACAUACUCGACCAUUAUACUAGGCACUCAAGUAUUGUUCACCUGCGAUCCUCAGAAUAUACGUCAAAUUCUCAUGGAUCGUUUCAGUGACUAUUACGCAUCACAAGGCUUGCGCGAUCAUCUUUUCCGACCCCUAAUGAGUGGUAGCAUUUUCGCUCUUGACGGCGCCCCUUGGAAAUCAGCUCGAAAUAUAUUCCGAGGUGUGUUCUCUAACACACGCUCAAUCACAGACAUAGCCAUGUUUGAGCGCGUUUUCCAGGAUAUGAGACGGCAGAUUCCUGUGGACGGCAAGCAGGUCGACAUCCAAGAGCUCUUGCACAUGUUCACUACUGAGACUAUUGUUUCGUUCGUCUUGGGUGAGUCGUCCGAGGUAUUUCAAUCUAACCAAACACCGGACAAAAGAAAGUUUGUUGACUCCAUGAAACUCGUCGAGGCCAAGAUCGCUCAGGACGGGUUUCUUGGUGGAGCACACAUACUUACAUCAAAGAAACAGUUUCAUGCUUCAUGCUCUUUCAUCCGCAACUUCCUCGGUGGUGUCGUUAGUCUAAAGUUGGCUCAAUUGGACAGAGACGAGAAGAUCGAGGAUCCGGCGUUGGGAGAGAGACACUGCCUCCUGAACUCUCUAAUCCAGAAUACAACUGAUACUGAACAAGUGGUUGAUGGUCUGUUAACUGUGCUUGUUGCUGGAAUUGGCUCCAUUGCACAAGUCCUUUCUGCCACAUUUUGGCUUCUAGCGCGACACCCUCUGGUUUACAACAAGUUGCGGAGAGUUAUCCUCGAAACUGUUGGCGAUGAGAAAGUAACGCCGACGUACGAUCAGCUGAAGAGUUUGAGCUACCUUCGCCACGUACUAAACGAAGUCAUGAGAGUGCUGCCUCCAGUUCCUUUUAACGCGCGGAUUGCCAACGUUGAGACCUGGCUACCCACCGGUGGUGGCGCGAGUAGGCAAGCGCCAGUGUUUGUGAGAAAGGGCCAAAUGGUCGUAUUCUCUUCAUGGGGAAGCCACAGGAGUUUGAGUAUAUAUGGACAGGACGCCCGUCAGUUUCGCCCUGAAAGAUGGGAGAGCAUCAAAGCCGAUGGCUUCAUACCUUUUAAUCUGGGCCCUAGAGCUUGCCUUGGCCGUAGGUGA